UGGAGCUCCGUCAGUGUGGAGAAUCUAAUAAUAGUCCUUAAUGGCUUGGUGCACGUACUGCUGGGCUCUGAUGGGGCUUUUAGGUGUCAGCUGUGAAGAAACCAAGCCAGUAGAUAAGAUGUGCACUGAGCUUAUUGCUAACAGAAGCUACAGUUGCGAAGGUUUAGGAUUGACAGAGAUUCCAGAACAACUGCCCUUCAUAACCAAAGUCCUUGAUUUCAGCUUUAACUUCCUGAACUCCCUUCAAUGCAACACAUUCAGCAAGCUGACGGACCUGGUGUAUUUGGACUUAACAAGGUGUCAGAUUAAUUGGGUAUAUGACGGUGCCUUUGAAAGCAACUAUCACCUGGAGUCCAUUGUCUUGACUGGAAAUAAUCUUUUGUUUCUAGCGAGCACAGCAUUCACAGGACCCUGGUCUAUGAAACUCCUUGACCUAACCCAAACAGGACUCACUAGUUUAACAUUUAUCCCAAUGGAGGGCCUGGAUAACUUGGAGACACUGAUACUAGGGAACAACCACAUCCAAUCGCUAGCACUCCCACCAGAUUUUCCAACAAGGAAUCUCAAAUAUUUGGACCUUCAAAUGAACAUCAUACAAAGAAUAUCAGCUACAGAUAUACACUUAUUAAAGCAAACUAGAAAUUUGACUCUCAGUCUUAUGGGUAAUGAUAUUGUGCACAUUGAGCCCAGGGCUUUUAGGUCAAUUUCUUUCGCAAGUUUGGAUUUUGGCAGCUGUGUUAAUGUUUCAGUGAUCUUAGAAGGGUUGCAAGAUGCCAAAACUGUUGCUCUUCAACUCGGGACUUUUGUGGAUCCACAUGUUCUUGACAUAAGCCCUGCCAUGUUACAGGGCAUCUGCAACAUCUCUGUAGAUGACCUUGCGCUGCAAUAUCGUAGUUUCACGCCGUUCUCUGCUGACACAUUCCAGUGUUUGGGCAAACUUCAAAGGCUGGACUUGGCCCACACCUCCCUCCACAAGCUUCCCACGGGCCUUUUGGAGAUGAAUGUGCUAAAGGAAUUAAAUCUUAACCAGAACAAGUUUGACCACCUUUGCAAAAUCAUGUCUUCUGCUUUCCCCCACCUCACCCAUCUCUAUAUCAGAGAAAAUUCAGAGUCUUUGGAUUUGGGUUCUGGAUGUUUAGAAUCUUUGUCAAAGCUUCAACAUCUUGACUUGAGCAAGAGUCAGAUAGAAAACUUAGACUGCUGCGGCAAGCAGCUCCGUGGCUUGAGCAGCUUGCAACACCUCGACCUGAGCUUCAACAACAAGCUUUUGUUCCACAGUGUGGCCUUUAACGACUGUGCUAACCUGAAGAUUUUGGAUCUCUCUUUCACACACAUUAUUCUCACCAAUUCUUCCCAAGGGCCCUUCUGCAAUUUGCAUUUUUUGCAGACCCUGAACCUUUCUUUCUCUAGAAUUAAUCCAAAUACCAAGAACAUCCUGCAAGGUUUGAAGAGUCUUAUUGUCUUGAACAUGAAUGGAAAUAACUUUGAAUCUGGGACCAUCCUGAAUGACAACCUCUUUCAGCAAGCACCCAAUUUGGAAGUGUUAACUUUAUCUUCCUGCAAAUUGUUGACUGUACAAUCCAAAGCAUUUUCUGCCCUCAGGAAGCUAAAAUACGUGGAUCUGAGCCACAACAAUCUUACUGCAUUCAGUUCAGAUGCGUUUUCCAAUCUCAGGAACAUUUAUCUCAAUUUUGCCAAUAAUAGGAUCCAUAUUAUCCCACGUGAUAUGUUGACCAACCUAUCUGGCCAGAGUGUAAUCAAUUUAAGUUACAAUCCACUGGAAUGCAUCUGUUCCAAUAUUGGAUUAUUAACUUGGUACAAGCAAAACAUAGAUAAAAUUGAAGACUCUGAAGAGACUGUGUGCUCCGAGCCCAAAUCACUAGCGGGUGCUAAGCUCUUCUCUGUAAAUCUGUCCUGUGGGUAUAGCACUGCCAAAGUAAUAUUGAUUAUCUUUGUUGUGAUAACAGUCAUUGUAGUGACCUUCAUUCUGAUCGUGCGUUUCUUAAGGAGAAGGUACGAACACAUUUAA